UUUUUCCUUUAGGAGUCUUGAGCUGUUCUGAAUUAUGCCUGAACCGGCCAAAUCCGCCCCGGCCCCGAAGAAAGGCUCCAAGAAGGCGGUGACCAAGGCGCAGAAGAAGGAUGGGAAAAAGCGCAAGCGCAGCCGCAAGGAGAGCUAUUCCAUCUACGUGUACAAGGUACUGAAGCAGGUGCACCCCGACACCGGCAUCUCGUCCAAGGCCAUGGGCAUCAUGAACUCGUUCGUCAACGACAUCUUCGAGCGCAUCGCGGGCGAGGCGUCGCGCCUGGCGCAUUACAACAAGCGCUCGACCAUCACGUCCCGGGAGAUCCAGACGGCCGUGCGCCUGCUGCUGCCCGGGGAGCUGGCCAAGCACGCCGUGUCCGAGGGCACCAAGGCCGUCACCAAGUACACCAGCGCCAAGUGAACAGGUGUCUUGGUGCCACAUGACUCUACAGGUGACACAGUAUACGUAUGGCCUCACCGUGGAACCAGAAGAACAGUGGAUUCGGGAUUACGA